AUGGGAGGAAAAAAAACUCGUUUAACUACCUGUGACCCUCAUGUUAAACAUACAGUUGUCAACUCCAAUACUCCUCAAGAAGUUGAAGAGGGCAAGGAAAUCAUCUUCACGUACGAUGUUGAAUUCCAGGAGAGUGAUGUGAAGUGGGCUUCAAAAUGGGAUGCCUAUUUGCUGAUGAAUGACGAUCAAAUUCACUGGUUCUCAAUUGUGAACUCAUUGAUGAUUGUUCUCUUUCUCUCGGGUAUGGUGGCAAUGAUAAUGUUGAGAACACUUUAUCGCGAUAUUUCCAAGUACAACGAGCUUGAGACCCAAGAAGAAGCACAAGAAGAGACUGGUUGGAAGCUUGUUCAUGGUGAUGUUUUCAGGCCACCAAACAACUCAAAUCUGCUGUGUGUUUAUGUUGGUACUGGGGUUCAGUUUUUUGGGAUGAUACUAGUAAUAAUGCUCUUUGCUGUCCUUGGAUUCCUUUCUCCUUCAAACAGAGGUGGGCUAAUGACAGUCAUGCUCUUGCUAUGGGUUUUCAUGGGGCUUUUGGCUGGUUAUGCAUCAGCCCGCUUAUACAAAAUGUUCAAAGGAUCAGAGUGGAAGAAAAUUUCCCUCAGGACUGCAGUCAUGUUCCCUGCUUCUGUCUCUGCUAUUUUCUUUGUAUUGAAUGGUCUUAUAUGGGGGCAAAAAUCAUCUGGAGUUGUGCCAUUUGGAACAAUGUUUGCUUUGAUCUUUUUAUGGUUUGGAAUCUUAGUUCCACUUGUUUUUGUUGGUGGCUAUGUUGGGUUCAGGAAACCUGCAAUUGAGAAUCCUGUGAAGACAAACAAAAUCCCAAGGCAGAUCCCUGAACAGGCGUGGUACAUGAACCCGACCUUCUCAGUUUUGAUAGGGGGAAUACUCCCAUUUGGAGCUGUUUUCAUUGAGCUUUUCUUCAUCCUCACAUCAAUCUGGUUGAAUCAGUUUUACUACAUCUUCGGCUUCCUCUUUUUGGUUUUCGUCAUCCUCGUUAUCACUUGCGUAGAAAUAACUGUUGUGCUUUGCUACUUCCAGUUGUGCAGUGAGGAUUACUUGUGGUGGUGGCGCUCUUACCUCAUAUCUGGCUCUUCUGCACUGUACCUCUUUCUUUAUGCAAAAUUCUACUUCUUCACCAUGCUUGAAAUCACGAAGUUGGUAUCUGCGAUAUUAUACUUUGGUUACAUGUUUAUAGCUUCUUAUGCCUUUUUUGUCGUAACUGGUACCAUCGGAUUUUACGCAUGCUUUUGGUUCACAAGGCUCAUUUACUCAUCAGUUAAAAUUGAUUAG